AUGGGGCGGCCGGCCGGCAGCCUGUCCCCGCUCCGGCUGCUGCUGCUCCUGGCGCUGGGACACGCCUGGACCUACCGGGAGGAGCCGCAGGACGGCGACAGGGAGGUUUGCUCCGAGAACAAAAUCGCCACCACCCGGUACCCCUGCCUAAAACCCACGGGAGAGAUCACUACCUGCUUCAGGAAAAAAUGCUGUAAGGGUUAUAAGUUUGUUCUUGGACAGUGCAUCCCUGAAGACUAUGAUGUCUGUGCUGAAGCUCCCUGCGAACAGCAGUGCACAGAUAAUUUUGGGCGAGUCUUAUGCACUUGCUAUCCUGGAUACCGCUAUGACCGGGAGAGGCACAGGAACAGGGAGAAGCCUUACUGCCUGGAUAUUGACGAGUGUGCCACAAGCAACGGGACUCUGUGCUCUCAGAUCUGUGUCAACACUGUGGGCAGCUACAGGUGUGAGUGUCACGAAGGUUAUGUCCGGGAAGAGGAUGGCAGGACAUGCACCAAAGGAGAUAAAGUUGGGCUUCCUGAAAAAUCUGAAAGUGUGGCAAAACCAGGGACAUGCUGUGCCUCAUGUAAGGAAUUCCAUCAAAUAAAGCAGACGGUUUUACAGCUGAAGCAAAAGGUUGCUUUGCUGCCAAAUAAUGCUGCUGAUCUUAGCAAGCAAAUCACUGGUGAAAAAGUGCUUGCCUCUAAUGCAUAUAUCCCUGGCCCUCCAGGCCAGCCUGGUCAACCAGGCCCUCCAGGGGCUCCAGGACCUAAAGGGAGUCAAGGAACUCCUGGAUUACCUGGACCUCCUGGACAGCCAGGCCCUCGUGGAUCAAUGGGACCUAUGGGCCCAUCUCCAGAUAUAUCACACAUUAAGCAGGGCAGACGGGGCCCUGUGGGCCCACCUGGAGCCCCAGGGAGAGACGGUAGCAAGGGAGAGCGAGGAGCACCAGGACCAAAGGGGAUACCUGGCCCACCGGGUUCAUUUGAUUUCCUAUUGCUGAUGAUGGCAGACAUCAGAAACGACAUCGCUGAGCUGCAAGAGAGAGUGUUUGGACACAGGACUCAUUCAUCAACAGAAGAGUUUCCAUUACCUCAGGAAUUCACAAACUAUCACGACACAGUAGAUUUUGGAUCCGGAGAAGACUACAAACCACGAGCAACAUCCAGAAAUGCCAGAAUACAGAAGGCAGACCAUCCUUAG